AUGGUUAGCCUCGGAGACGUCUUCGGGCUGGGAAACAUGAUGUACAGCUACCUCUCGGCGCAUGAAUGCGCAGCAGUUCGUGCUGCUUGCCGAGACUCCCACGACUACUUGCACACAAAGGCACUGGUGGAGUACUUGAUCACGUUGAUGCAGCUUUCAAGGCCCGAAAUGUGUUCAGCUGCUGGAGCGCCUUGCGCAAAUGAGGGUGGGGACAGCUAUCAGUUGCAAGCAGCCGAAGCAGGCCUGCGAUCCUUCGUCUAUGGCAUCAAGGUUUGGCACAAAGCUUGGCCGGGCGCAAUGGUUGCUGUUGUGGAGAGGUUCAGGGCCGACAGCAUGCACAUGCAGCAGGCGAUAGCAAAGAAUGCCCGUCGAACAUUGACCAUUCUGGCCGGAUACUGCUUUAAAAACGCAUCCAAGAGUGUUCGGCAUUUAUUGGUGCCGGAUACGCUGCAUUGGCUUCAGAAUGGGGAAGAAGAUCUCCGUGUUCAAGUUUGCGAGGCUCUGUCCAAAUGCGGGCGGCAUCUCUUGGGACGCUUCAACAACGCGUGCGUGGAAGCUUUGCUAGAAGCUUGCGGUUCUAACCACAGCGUGCCCUGCCGCAUACAGGCGUUGAAGGCCCUCAAGGUGUUUGCAGCGGCUGACUUGGGUUUCUACCACGUGCUGCGCCCGCAACUGACAGAGCUUUAUGACUCUUGCGCACGAGAAGUCGCUCCUGUCAUUUCUCGCAUGAUCGGCGAGUUGGAUUGGCUGAAAAUAGAGCGGGCGACGGCCCAUAGCAUGGCCCAGAGCUUUUUUAGCAAUUGUGAAAAGAUUCUGGCUGCAGAUCCCUUGAAGGCGUGCAGUCACAUCGAGCUUGAACGGGUUUAA